AGAAUUCCCCAGCCGCCACCCUUUGUGUGACUUUGAAUGUGGCUCUCCAACACAUUUUUCCUUUGGUGGUUCUUAUAGGCCAUGGCGGACGAGGAGCCCCAAGAAAGCCCCCUUUUUGGGGGUGCAUUUUCUGCUCGCCUUCCUCCUGGCAGUCUGGAUACCAGCAAAAUGCGUCAAGUUCCUGACAACCAGGAAGUCUUUGUUCAUCCCAGCACAGAUCAGAGCAUCAUCAUGGAACUGCUGGAAUAUCAAGCAGGGGUGCCAGAUGAAAAUGCUGCCAGGUAUCAUUUUGAGGACAUUGCUGGCAAUUCAGCCAGUACAGAGAUUUUGAGCCAAGACCAAUUUGCGCCUGAUCUUCUGGCAUUCGAAGGCUGCAGCAGCGCCUGGCAACUCACGGGUCGCCAGCAGGUUGCCAAAUUCAAUGAGGAGGCCAAAAACGACGUGACUGUGCACUUGGUGCUGCUACGCCUCCCUCAGUACGGAACGGAUCUCCUUGUCACCUUCAAUGACCCCACGUGGGUUAACCCUUUGAGCACUAGUGCUGUGCAAGCUACAGAGGUCCCCUUGGCACCCUCUCAACCUCCCUGGACAGUGGAGCACUUCCAUGGUUUUGCCCGUAGCCUGCAGCUUCUGGAUCCUGGUCUGUUUGGUUAGGACAGUUCUCCGUCCACAUUGCCCAAAAUCCAGUUUUGCUCCAUCAUGGCCGUGAUCACCGAGCCGUUUGGUUCAGAGACCUUCGGAUGAGCACUCCGACUCCGUUACCUGGAUCAUCUUCCCUCGUCCCCAGAAGGAAAGAAGGAUGUGGGUGCUGAAUACCAAAGGACAUUCUCCUUGUAAAGAGCAGUUUCAUGGCAACCUGCUUUGCUUUAGGACUGAAUUAGACCAGUGUUUCUCAACCUUAGCAAGUUUAAGAGGUGUGGACUUCAACUCCCAGAAUUCAAUUCUGGGAAUUGAAGUCCACCCAACUUAAAGUUGCCAAGUUUGAAAAACUGCAUUAGACUGUAGGAAGUGUGGUUCUGCUCACAUCUCCAAUUAUUUCUUAAUAACCUUCUACACAUUAUCCAAGCAAACUGGAAUUACCAACCAUCCCCAGGAUGAUUCACUAGAUAGCUAUCUACUGCCCACAACUGCUUUUAACACCUGUCAGUAAUGGAAGAGGCGUGAAUCACAGAAGUAGACAUCGCUGAACUGCAGAUAUUUUUUAUUUGGGGUAGCCAGCAGCCAUUUGCAAUGGAAGCUGUAAGUUUUAGAAAUGCACCAGCAACUUUUGUGAGCUCUGAUGAGUAAGAAAAGAAAUGUAAGAGAAGAAGGAAGUUUGCUUCAAGCAAGACUGUAAUAAUAAACCCUGCUCCUUCCUUUUUU